CUCCGAUCCACACCUGUUUGAUAUCACUGUCCAUCACCCGCAGAACACUGAAAAAAGACUGAACAUUUGUUUGCAUCAGAGCAUUUCGUCUACCAUGUCUUGUGUGAUCGAAGAGAUACUGCCAGAAGACGAUCCCACUCGCUUCGAUGAUGAGCUUGAACGGAUAUUGAUAGCUCAUCAGCGCGAUGGCAAGGCGCUUUUGGCUACAUGCUUUGACUUCCUCAACCGCAAAACAGCCUUCUUCAAGGAUCCGAAUGUGUCAAAGACUCUGGCAAGGUUGUUGAGGGAUGUCAAGCAAGGGUCUACGUCCAAUAAGCCUUCCGGUGCCGCGCCCUCGACCACCUCAACAGGGACUCCAACGUCCGCUAAUGGUGCUCCGAAGGUCGAGCCUGCAGCAGCCAGCCCGUCUCUUCAGCAGGAAGCAGCACCUGUGAUUGAUGCACCGACCAGCAGCAAGGUGGAGAAAGAGGAAGACGAGGAAAAGGAGGAAAGCAAGGGGCUAAAGCCCAACGGAGGAAAUGGAGCAGAUCUGGAGACCUAUUCCUGGACGCAAUCACUGUCAGAUGUGGUCAUUGCAGUCCCUGUACCCGCAGGCACCAAGGGCCGAGACUGUGAUGUGAGCAUCAGCAAGACGAAGCUGAAAGUGGGCCUGACAGGCGCUGACCCGGUGCUGGAUGGAGAGCUGUUUGCAUCUGUCAUGCCAGAGGACUGCUACUGGAAUAUCUCAGAUGGCGAGGUCGUGGAGCUCAACCUGCAGAAGGUGGACAGGAUGGCAUGGUGGAAGAGCGUUGUGAAGGGGGAGCCUGAGAUUGACACCCAGAAGGUGGAGCCGGAAAACUCAAAGCUGGCAGACCUGGAUCCAGAGACGCGGCAGACCGUCGAGAAGAUGAUGUGGGACCAGCGGCAGAAGCAGAUGGGGCUGCCCACCAGCGAAGAGGCCAAGAAGGAGGAGAUGCUCAAGAAGUUCAUGGUUCAGCACCCUGAAAUGGACUUCUCCAAGGCCAAGUUCAUGUGAAAGUGCACUCCUGGAGAAUGGUAUCUUGGUCCAUGGGAGCCCCAGCCUUGCCCGUGACUUAUGCUGACCGCCAAUUGAAAUUCAGGUUAAUCUCAACCUCAGGCUGCCAGUAGCUUCAUAUUUGACACAGGAGAACUGUGUAACGCUGCAUUCAGUGC